ACCACUUUUGCCUUGUUGUGAAAGCAAGCUAAAUGCUGCCAUCUAGUGGCCAUGUGCAGUUAUUCACACAUUAUUAGUAGUGGCAUUGUUGGCCUUAAUUUUUGCAAUUUCCGAAAUAGAUUUAUCGUUUUCUCUUCAAUGACCAUAUUGUUAAUUUGAGAUUAUAAUAUGGCACAUGUAUCAUCUAUAUUGUAGAUUAAGUCAUCACCUUAUUAUCUCAAACAUUCCUGUUUGUACAACAAUGACGUAUGCUAUACUGUCUACUUCCGGACGGAAUCUAAUUACAAUUGAGAAAGAGAGCAGCGCUCGAGCGGCUAAUUCUAUGUCCUUUGUUGUAUUAUAUAAACGUCUUGUCCGUGGUGAUAUUGUCUAUAUAAAUCACGCAGGUCUUUUUAGCUAAUUCUGGAAAGGACCCGAGAUAAACGCAAGGCACAGUGCAGACGGCAGAUUGCUGCUUUCUUAUCUAUCUAGUAGGACGAAGAUGUCUGACAAAAGCGACCUGAAAGCUGAGCUGGAGCGAAAGAAACAGAGGCUAGCUCAAAUACGAGAGGAGAAGAAGAGAAAGGAGGAGGACAGGAAAAAGAAAGAGUCUGAGAGUCUGCAGCAGAAAACAGAGAAUGUCUCUGAAGAUUCUGACUUGGACCGCAAACGAAGAGAGACGGAGGCGCUGCUGCAGAGUAUUGGGAUCUCACCAGAACCACCAUUAGUGAGCACCACCAGUGAUGCUGGCAGCCAGGAGUCCGUAGAUGGGGGGACAGUGGGAAGAUAUAGGACCCUGCAGUGGGACACGGACCCCUCUGCUCUCCAGCUGCAGGCAGACUCUGAGCUGGGGCGCAGGAUGCACAGACUUGGAGCGUCAAAAAUAGUACAGAUUGACUUCGUUCCCAAAGAGCUUGUGACCUACACUAAAGAGACCCAGACUCCUUCAGCAGCACAUCAAUCUGAAGAAGAAGAAGAGGAUGAGGAGAGCAGUGAGCCUAAAGCUUCCCCUCAGACUGACCAGCCGGAGGAGGAAGGAGAGGCAGAGGACAGUAAAGAGGCCCAUCCCAGAGAGCUGACGGAGGAGGAGAGGGAACAGAUUCUCCACUCAGAGGACUUCCUGGUGUUCUUUGAGCGGUCGGUCUCUGUGGUGGAGCGGGCGCUGGCCGAGGAGGGAGACAUCUUCUUCGACUACAGCGGCCGGGACCUGGAGGACAAAGAAGGGGACAUGCAAGGUGGAUCCAAUCUGUCUUUCAACCGUGUGUUCCAUGACGAUCACUGGUCCAAACACCGAGUAGUCACCUGCUUAGACUGGUCCCCACAGUACCCUGAACUGAUGGUGGCCUCUUACAACAGCAACGAGGAUGCUCCACACGAGCCUGAUGGGAUAGCGCUGGUGUGGAACAUGAAGUUCAAGAAGACCACUCCAGAGUAUACAUUUCACUGCCAGUCGUCAGUGAUGUCUGUGGGCUUUGCUCAGUUCCAUCCUAACCUGGUGGUGGGGGGAACUUACUCAGGACAGAUUGUGUUGUGGGAUAACCGUAGUCACAGGAGGACCCCCGUCCAGAGGACCCCCCUGUCUGCUGCAGCACACACUCAUCCAGUGUACUGUGUGAACGUGGUGGGUACCCAGAACGCCAACAACCUGAUAACAGUGUCUACUGAUGGGAAGAUGUGCUCCUGGAGUCUAGACAUGCUCUCUCAGCCUCAGGAGAGUAUGGAGCUGGUCUACAAUAAGUCCAAGCCCGUAGCAGUAACAGGAAUGGCCUUCCCUGCCGGAGAUGUUAACAACUACGUGGUGGGAAGCGAGGAAGGGAUGGUGUACUCUGCGUCCCGCCACGGCAGUAAAGCAGGUAUAGCUGAGAUGUUUGAGGGGCACCAGGGCCCAGUGACUGGGAUCAGCUGCCAUAACGCUGUGGGCACUGUGGACUUCUCACACCUCUUCAUCACGUCCUCCUUUGACUGGACUGUAAAACUGUGGUCCAUCAAGCACAACAAGCCACUGUACUCCUUUGAGGAUAAUGCAGACUAUGUCUAUGAUGUCAGUUGGUCCCCUGUGCAUCCGGCUCUCUUUGCCUCCGUGGAUGGGAUGGGUCGUUUGGACCUGUGGAACCUCAACAAUGACACUGAGGUGCCCACAGCGAGUGUGACGAUUGAGGGGGCGUGUGCUCUGAACCGUGUGAGAUGGGCGUCGGGAGGCAGAGAGGUUGCCGUGGGUGACUCGGAGGGACGUGUCUGGAUCUACGAUGUGGGAGAGCUGGCAGUGCCACACCCUGAGGACUGGAGCCACUUCGCCCGCACCCUAGUUGAGAUCCGUGCCAACCGCGGGGAUGGAGAGGAGGAGGGGGCCGUGGAGCUACCAGCCUGAAACCUUCUCACCCUCUCAUCAAUGCAAUGCAACGUUUCAGGACUGACAGCCUGAUAACAGACAUUUACAGACAACAAACCAUCAUUUACUGACGUAACAACAGCAGCACGGUUCAGUGAGAUUCAAGUCAUUGGGAUUAGACUGACUCCAAGCUUAUGCUCCAUAGAUCAAAGUAUGAAAAGCCGAUUUGCCCGGGGCAACAACUAUUCUUACCAGGGUUAUUUAUUUGUUAUUGGUUAAUUAAACAGUUGAUAUGUAUAUACUUGAUAUCAGAAUCAUAUGGCUUGCAAUGAUAAUGUGCUUAUGGGUCUAACGUGGGUCUAAAUGUUGGAGUGAGCUAGAUAUGAUCCUUAUAUUCUACUCAUGAGGUUUGAUUAUCAUAUUCCUGUGAUCUGUUCGUGUUCUUCUUUCUUCAAGGUUAUAAAAGCUGCAUUAAUAACAAGGUGGAUCAUUGUUUUCUCAAGAUAUCCAAGUUGACCUUUAAUAAUGUUUUUAAGUAGCUUUUGGGCUUUUCAGUGCAUUAGCAUGAUCAUUAUUACAUUUUGUUUGCUGUUAAACCAUUUUGUUUUGUUCUAAGAAAUAAGUCUAAAAAUGUAUGGCUUUUUGCUGUAAGGACAACAAUUGACAAUAAAAUAUGGAUAAAUACUGAGGGGGAUGUAUGCCACAAAUCUCACAGGCCAGGCUAUAUGGGCUACUGUAGUACUGUCGUAGAAGUUUUAGCGUUAUGGUCGAAGAUAAUACAUUUACAGUGUGUAUUGCAUUUAACAUUUUACUACCAUUAUUUAAAUAUUCCACCUAUGCCAUUUCUGUGUUUGAUAUUGAAUCGAAACAUUUGUACAGUCAUUUGAUAUAAACCAUCCUCAGUCAGCUACUGUAAAAUAUUGAUUGAGGUCCGUUGUAGUAUCAUCGUGUGAAUGUACUGUGCGUCCUACUUUGAGAAUUGACCUAUUGCGAUGUUAUUUAUGAAAGGGGUAAUCUUGGUAAAGAGGUGGCUUUUUCUUUCCUUGUCCACUGUCGUUGACUUCUUAUUAUAGCUCAGUGGUCAUUUUCGAACGUACGCGAAUCCACGUAGCAGGCGGAGUUCUGUUUCCAUGACAAUUACGUCAAUAUUAGUGUCGGGUAACUAAAGGUCAUGCUAAAGACAAGCGCCACACAGAAGGAAACAGAAUGGCGGAGGUAAACUUAACUGUUGUGCUUUAAAACGGCGAGAUAUUCUCGUAUGGUGUGGCUUCAGUGUCGUUUCGUUUUCGUGGUACUUGGUUUAUUCUAUGCGUGGUCACGGGGAGGACAGUCUGAGCGGAGCAUAGCCUCGCUAGUAAGCCUGAAGGAGUUUGACUUUACUCGGAAGGAUAGCUCAGCUGGCUAGCAUGUUUGACUUUACUCGAAAGGAUAGCACAGCUGGCUAGUUGGAUAUGCUAAUCUGCUAGAUUACUUUUUGACAGAUUUUUUUUGCUUGCAAGUCAGUUAGCUAAAUGACGGGCGACUAAAGCCAAAUAGAGAACCGUAGUUCGCUACCUAGUAAUCCAUGUUUAUGUUUAAUAUUGUGAAGCUACUUGUCGGCCUUUCUCCAGUUUACUUCUGCCCGUGUUAGCUUGCUAGCUUUGUGCUUGAUUGCACUCUGCAGAGGUUAGCAGCACUAGCGGUAGCAAGCAGUACAAGUUCGUUUCGUUUUAAAAACCACAUAUAUUAAAGUCAAGCAAGCUAGCUUCUCUAUUUUCUCGGGAACUUGUUCUAAUGCCGAUUGAAUUUAUCAAAUGCUAUAACUAUCUUUUUUGUUACCUAAUGUUCCUAACUAGCUUGUUUUUAGACUUAUGAUGUAGCAGGGCUCUGAAUGUUUUCAUAAUGCAGAUAAAGAUUUGAAAUGGAAUGUUUUUCACACAACCCAGGUUCUGAGUUAGUUACACCAUUAUUCUGGCAGAUCGUUGAAAUCCAACGUCAAUCCAACGCCAUCUCUGCUGUUUCUAAAAUGACACCGUAUGAGGGAGACAUGGUCAAUGGAAUAACAACAACACUGAAUGUUGUAAUAUAUGGAUAGAUAAACUUGUCAGUAUUGUCUUAUUUGACUUGUUCAUGUUUUCUCACAGCCCUGUAGGGGGCGACCAAGGUCAAAGUUCACUUUCAAUUUCCUUAGCUGCUAUUGUCAGUGACAGACUGCAUACAGUAGUAUCAUCUUUACAGAUAUGUUCAGUGUGUUGUCAAGAUUGGUUGCCUGGUACUGUAAACAUCCCCGACUGGAAGCUGUGAUGUACAUGUUCUAGCUUUCAGUAGGGUGUUUGCUGCUCCAUUCUUCCGCAGACUCCUAGACCAGUGUUGUUGUUUGUAGAUCUAGGGCUGCAUUCCAGUCAAAAUUAGCACCUUCUCUUCCUCCCAUCACUUGGAGUAAACCCUCCAGUGAUGUAUGUAUGGCGAAGUGGAUGAGGGAAGCGGUUGCAAGUAAAAGUGGAUCGGGACCACGGGAGGCUGCUGAGGGGAGGAUGGCUCAUAAUAAUGGCCAGAACUGCAUGAAUGGAAUGGCAUGCGUUUGAUGUAUUUGAUACCAUUCUGCUCCAGCCAUUACCACAAGCCUGUCCUACCCUAUUAAGAUGCCACCAACCUCAGGUUUGCAUCUGCAUUUAAAUAACUGAAUGUUAUUGUUUGUACAUCUGGUGUUUCCCAGACACAAGUGAGUGUGCUUUACUUCCAGUUCUACUGCUGUGGAAAUGGAAGUAUCCAUUCUGAGUGUAGUUACUGUAAACAUCCUACACUCAGCUAUAGCCUGUAUGGAAGGCUGGGGAGAGGGUGUUUACUUUGGCUGGCUUGGACAGCUUCAAUCUGCAUGGAUGGGAUUUAAUGGAUCACUCAUGACGAGAUGGAAAGAUUUAUUUUUGUAUGAACAUGCAAUUGAUUCCCAUUGGUAUUUUUUUAUGAGAAACCUAACAUGUAGAAGAUGCAAUCAAUGGAUGAUAUUUGGAUGCAUUGUCACCGAUCAAUAAUGACAAUACUGUUUGUUAUUGCAAAAAAUUAAACUUUGCAAAUGUGGAUUGA